AUGUCCUCCCUCCUCCUGGUCCUUCUUCUGACUCAUGGAGUGGCAAGUGAGACGGAUCUGCAUCCAUUGUUGCAAAAGAUGGCGGAGGAGAUAAUAGAGGGAAGCUAUCUGAAUGCGUUGCUGGAUCUCAUACAGUUUCAAAGCUCCCAGGCGUGGACGGCAGACCUGUCCCACAGAGUGCUGGCCUAUCUGAAUGCACAGAAUGUUGCCUUCACCAUCCCCAGCCUGCAGGCAGCUGUGGAAAACCAUCUGGAGCAGUGUUUGUACCAGCCCCAGAAGCUCCUGCAGGACCUGAGGAAGACUGACGCCCAGCAGUUCCGGACCGCCAUGAAAUGUCUCUUAGAAGACAGGAGGGAUCACCUGGACCUGGGGGACGUCKUCAUCGACUUGGGAGCGAUCCGGGAACAAGCUUUGCAGAGCCCUGGUGUGAACCGCACCCUGUUUCUGGUCACGCUGGAGAGGUGUUUCCAGGUGUUGAACUCCCUGGAGUGCGUGGAGAUCCUGGGCAGGGUGCUGAGGGGGUCCUCAGGCAGAUUUCUCCAGCCAGACGUCACAGAGAGGCUGCCCCGGCACCUGCGUGAGGACGCCUUUAAGAACCUCUCUGCCAUGUUCAGAGAUCUCUAUGACCAGACCUCGGCUCAUGCGCAGAGGGCGCUGUAUUCCUGGAUGACUGGGAUUCUGCAGACGUCUGCCAACACCUCUGAUGACUCUGUUUCCUGGGUCAGUGCAGAAAACUUAUGGAUUUUGGGCAGAUACAUGGUUCACCUAUCAUUUGAAGAGAUUAUGAGGAUUAGCCCUGUAGAGAUUGGGCUGUUCAUCAGCUAUGACAACGCCACCAAGCAGCUGGACACGGUCUAUGACAUCACCCCUGAGCUGGCCCAGGCAUUUCUGCAGAGAAUCAGCUCCUCCGGCUUUGAUGUGAGGAACGCCUCAACCAUCCACAGGUUGGGGCUGUUGGUUUGUUUCUACGAUGACCUGGAGCUGCUGGACGCCGCCCUGGCCCAACUCCUCCUUCACCAGAUGAUCAAGUGCAGCCACCUGCGGGGCUUCCAGGCUGCAGUGCAGAAGCUCAAAGCUGACCUCCUGGGUAUUGCCACCGAGAACCGAACCCUCAACGAGACCCUGGGCUCUUUGUCGGAUGCAGUCGUGGGUUUGACCUGCAGUCAGCUGGAGUCCCUCUCCCCGGAGGCCGUGCACAGUGCCAUCGCCACCCUCAACCAGGUCUCAGGCUGGUCCAAGAGCCAGGUCAUCAUCUUGUCUGCCAAAUACUCAGCCCAUGAAAAGGUGCUGUCCUUCUACAAUGUCAGCCAGAUGGGUGUGCUGCUGGCAGGGGUGGCCACCCAGGACUUCUACAGCAUGGACCGCAAAGACCUCCUGCAGGUCCUGAGAAGCACCAUCUCCCAGCACCUGUCUGAUUUGUCGCCUGCCCAGCAGCAAGGUGUCCUGAGCAAGAUGAUUGAAGUAGGCGACACCACCUCAGGCAUUGUGGAGAUACAAGGGUCUUUCUUUAAGGAAGUGUCUCUCUUUGAUUUACGGAGGGAAUCCCAUUUCAACUCUUCAAUCCUGAAGGAGAAGGAGCUUCGAAGGAGCCAGGCCUUGUUCCUGUACGAGCUCCUGUCAAGGACAACGGGAAGGCCUGAGGAGCUCCUGAGUGUUGGACAGCUGAUCAAAGGCAUGACCUGUUCACACAUUGAUCACCUGAGCGCCGACUCUUUCCUGGCCCAUUUCCGGUAUUUUGAGAACAACCUUUCCCUGCUUUCAUUGGACCAGGUUAAUUGUUUGGCUUGGAAGUACUGGGAAGUUUCRAGGCCAUCCAUGCCUCCUUUCCUGUUGGCUGCACUCCCGGCCCGCUUCCUGGCUUCUAUCCCAGCCUCCCGGUGUGCGCCCUUUCUGGUCAGCCUGGGAAAGAGUCGACUGGACUCCCUGGUUUCAGAUUCCCACAAAAGGGAUUUGGUCCUCCGGAAAGUACAGCAGUGCCUGGAUGAUUCCAUUGCUGAUGAGUACACCGUGGACGUCGUGGGGAAUCUGCUGUGUCAUUUGCCAGCGACCAUCAUUGAAAGAGGCAUCUCCCCCGGGGUCUGGGCUGCGGCUCUGCAGGGCCUCAGAGACUGCCCAGACCUCAGCCCUGAGCAGAAGGCCGCGGUGAGGCUCAGGCUGCUGGAACAGUGCGGGCUUCCUCAGAAUUGGACGGCUGAGACUACAAAGGACUUGGGACCUUUUCUAGUACUUUUCUCAGGAGAUGAAUUACACCCUAUUGCCAGAAAGUUUCCUGAUAUCCUUCAACAAACAGCUUUCAAGAUGGCGGGGACUCUGCUCCCUAAGGAAUUCCUCUGGGCUGUCUUUGAGUCUGUUCGGAACAGCAGUGACGAGAGCCCCAGUUUGGACCCCACCCCUGGUUGCCAAGGAGUCACAGCUCCCUCCUCUGAUGACAUCUUUAAGUUGGCCGAGGCCAACGCCUGCUGGGCCCCCGAGGACCUCCUCUGCAUGGAAGAAGACACUUUCAUCAGGAGCGUGGAGCUGCUGGGGGCUGUCAAGGGUUUCAGCCAGCCUCAGCUGUUGACGCUGAAGGAGAAGGCGAUUCAGGUUUGGAACUUCCCUUCCUUCUGGAGAGAACACCACAUCGUCUCCCUGGGACGCAUUGCCCUGGCUCUUAAUGUGAGUGAGCUGGAGCAGCUGGACCUCAGCUCCAUAGACACUGUGGCUUCCUUGAGCCAGCAGACAGAAUGGACCYCAGAACAGGCCAAAUCCAUUCUGCAAGGGUUCCUGGAGGAUUCAGGCUAUAGUGUUCAGGAUCUGAAGAGCUUUCACUUAGUAGGGCUUGGCGCCAUUCUGUGUGCUAUGAACAUCACUGAAAUUCCACUUAUAAGGAUCUCAGAAUUCAGGAUGGUGGUGGCCAGAAUUGGGACCCUGACCUGCAGCACUCAUGUCUUGGCUGAGUUUAAGAGAAAGGCUGAAGAAGUGUUUGGGGAUCCCACUGAGUGGACCAGCUCAGUCUUGCAAGAGCUUGGGACCAUUGCAGCUGGGUUAACUCAGGCGGAGCUCCGAACGUUCGACAAGGAAUUGAUGCCGUAUUUCCAGCCAUCAGCAGUAAAAUGCUUCCCUGAGGAGAUAUUCAAAGAGCUAUCAGCGGAGCAGAUCGCCUCUUUGGGUCCAGAGAAUGCCGCUGCGGUGAGCCACGCCCAGCGCCAGCGGCUCAGCACGUCACAGCUGCAGAGUCUCCAGCGAGCACUAGAUGGCGCCAAGACUCACUCCUGGCAGGAAGCGCCCGCCAGCGCCAGCCCCACCGGGUCGUCCUCCGCAGGUUCUCCCCCAGGAGCAUCUAUUGCCUUGGGUCUUUGGCUUGGAGGCCCCCUGCUGCUUCUAAUGACUGAUCUCCUGUGA